AUGAGGGCGAGGCCCGCUGCCCGCGGUCCUGGAUGGGUGUGCAGUUCAUGUCGUGCCCGUCAAACCGCGGCCAAAAAGGUGCAUUCGCUUGUCCCGACUCGCAACGCCUCGACUACCGCGUCGUCGUCUUCCUCGAGCGGCACGAAUUCUACCCAAAGACGAGGAAAGCUUCCUUCAUCUCCAGCUCGAACUCGGUUCGCUCCCUCUCCUACGGGCAACCUGCACCUGGGCUCUAUCCGCACCGCAUUGUUCAACUAUCUCCUCGCUAGAGCGACGAACGGCCAGUUCCUCCUUCGAAUUGAAGACACUGAUGCGAAGAGAACGAUCCCCGGUGCCGAAGAACAAUUGUACAGAGAUCUAAGAUGGGCAGGGCUGCAGUGGGACGAGGGUCCGGAAGUAGGAGGCCCCUAUGGCCCAUACCGACAAUCUGAAAGACUUGCAUUGUACAAGACACACAUCGACACACUUUUACAAACGGGACAAGCGUACCGCUGCUUCUGCUCGUCGGACCGUCUCGAUGAGCUCAACCGCCGUCGUCACGAAAAGGGGUUGAGCUUAGGCUACGAUCGCAAGUGCCUGAACAGCGUCUCCCCGUCCCAGGCGGAAGAGAGAGCCCAUCGCGGCGAAGCACACGUUAUCCGUUUCCUCUCUCCGCAAGAAUGGCCUCGUUACAGUGACCUCGUGUACGGCAAAUCCCAAGGCCACGGAGCCGAAAAGACCAAACGACUGCUGGUUGAUGAACCGGUGUAUGAGGAUGCGAUCCUGAUGAAAUCCGACGGGUUCCCGACGUACCAUUGGGCAAACGUAUGCGACGACCAUGACAUGCACAUCACCCACGUCGUUCGGGGGUCAGAAUGGAUGGCCUCGACGCCUCUGCACGUCGCGCUGUAUAAUUCCCUGGACUGGAUGCCACCGGCUUAUGCUCAUGUCCCACUUCUAGUCGACAGCAAUAAACAAAAGCUAAGCAAGAGGAACUUCAACUCGGAUAUCUCACAGUUCCGCAACCAAGGGAUCUUUCCCGAAACACUGGUCAAUUUCGCGGCGCUCUUGGGAUGGUCCCACACUCAGAAACGAGAUGUCAUGGACCUCCCUCAACUCGAAUCCCUCUUCAAUCUAAAGAUCACAAAGGGGAACACCAUUGUCUCAUUCGACAAAUUGCAUUUCUUACAGGAACAACAUGCUCGCCGGCGCGUGCUGGCCGGAGGAGAGCACUUUGAGCAAAUGAUUCGUGAUGUGGCUAUUGCUGUUCUCGAGAAAUAUGGCGCUGGGAGAAUCAUGCAGUUUCUAGACACCGGAUCGCGGAAAAGGCAAUUGAGAGAUGUCCUUGCCCAGCUACUGAAGGUUGAGUCCCUGCACUUCCGCACGCCAUCUCAAUUCUCCGAACAGUGUUCUUUGUUCUUCGAGCCAGUGACGCUGGGCGACUUGGACGUCAGCGAUGUCGGACUCCUCCACCCUCUCCGCGUCGCAGCAUCGACUCUCGCUUUAAUCACUGAGAAAUCAUGGACCAGAGACACCCUCCACGCGCACCUCCGGUCUCUAGAAGAAGCGACCCCGCCUCCUCCAGACAACGCCGUCGACGACGCAACAACAAGAGCCUGGAAAAGGGAACUGUACCACUACCUCCGCUGGGCACUGCUCGGCGGAAGACAAGGUCCCGGGAUUGCUGAGACGUUGGAAAUACUGGGGAAAGGCACGUGUACAAGGAGGAUUCAAGAUGCGAAUGCGAAAGCGCGAGAGCUGGAGACCGUUAGGACCAGGCCCACCAUUGAGGCUCAGGGGUGGAAAGGCGACGUCGAGGGCAAGAGGAGGGUCGAGAAGGACUGGAAGGGCUAUUCGCUGCGCCGGUAG